AUGUACAGCUUCAUGGGUGGUGGCCUUUUCUGCGCCUGGGUGGGGACCAUCCUUCUGGUGGUGGCCACAGCAACAGACCACUGGAUGCAGUACCGGCUGUCGGGGGCCUUCGCACACCAGGGCCUGUGGCGGUAUUGCCUGGGCACCAAGUGCUACCUGCAGACAGAAAGCAUCGCGUACUGGAAUGCCACCCGGGCCUUCAUGAUCCUGUCUGCCCUGUGUGCCACCUCCGGCAUAAUCUUGGGCAUCCUGGCCUUCGCUCAGCAGCCUACCUUCACCCGCCUUUCCCGGCCCUUCUCCGCUGGCAUCAUGUUUUUCGCCUCCACCCUUUUUAUCCUCUUGGCCUUGGCCAUUUACACUGGAGUCACCGUCAGCUUCCUUGGCCGCCGCUUCGGAGACUGGCGCUUUUCCUGGUCUUACAUCCUGGGCUGGGUGGCCCUGCUCAUGACCUUCUUUGCAGGGAUUUUCUAUAUGUGUGCCUACCGGAUGCACGAAUGCCAGCGCCUGUCCACUCCCCGCUGA